GGCUCUGGAGCUUGCCAGGCUCUCCGGGGUCCGUGCGGGAGCGGGCGCCACGGCCGGGCGGCUCUCGGGCCUGGGAAGAACCGGAACGUCUCGCCCCCGCGUCGGUCUGCGGCUUUCCGGGAUCUGGACUACAUUUCCCAUCGGCCUCCGCGGCGCACCCCCCCCCCCCCCCCCCCCCCCCCCAGCUAGCGCCCCCUUUCCGCGUCCCGGCUCUUAGCCCCCAUCUGUGGACCACUUAGGUGGGGGUGAAAGGGACCUGACUUCCUGGAAAUGCUGGUGGAUGUUUUACAGUCAUUCUUACUCGUGCCCCCCCCUUUUUUUUUUAAUUUGGGAUGGAGUCUUGUUUGAUAAGAUUCUCAAAGAAUUGCAAAACUUCAAAAGAUUUAACACCACUAGUUUAGAAGUGGAGACUGAAAUUUGAGAACAUUUUAGAUGAUCUUGUAAAAUAGUCCUUGUCCAACAGUGGGGAAACGGUUGGGUAAAUCAUGGGCCACUCUUGUAAUAAAAUAUUACAAAGCUAUUACAGAUAAUGCUAAAACAGUGGUCAUAAUAAAAAAAAAAAACUCCUAUGACAUGUUACCAAUUGUUUCAUGUACACAUUACUUAGAAUUAAAUAUUUGUAACAUGCAAGGCACUGUUCUAAGUUCCUUUCGACAAUAGUACUCGUUUAAUGAUGAACUCACGAAGUGGUUAAAUGACAUGAUUCUUAAUACUUGGAUGUUUUUAUUCCAGUUGUUUUUGUAAGCCCAUGUGCCAGUAGGAGGGUGGGUUUGACCUCUUUUCCGGAAUGUUCUCAUGUUGUAUAAAGAGACUGCUUGUGAAUGUCUUUCCUUGUAAGUUAAUGUUGCCCCCCCAUCAGUUUUGAUAGUUAUUUGGUGUUCCAUCAUACGGCUGGGCCAAAAGUGAUUCAACUACUUGCCUACUUGUGGACUGCUAGAUACUAAUUUUUGUUCUGUUUUUCAGUAAAUACUGUGCACACAGCUUUGCUCGCUGCUAUGUCUCUGUACAGAGGCCUAUGUAUGUGAUGGUAAUGAUUUGCCCACUGCACCCACACCCCUUUUAUUGAGUCAAGGCAAGGUCCACAAAGUGAUGUCCACUAGGCCUUAGGUAGGGCUGUAAGGUUCUUGGUGAAUUUGGAAGUUGGGUAAAGAGCCAGGGAGACCUCUGAAGGUGGGCAUGAGAGAGUUAGAUGGUCUGUUUCUGGGAAGGCUUCAUUGUGGGCUGGACUGAUGCUGAUGAGGUAGGCUGUGCUCCCUGGUCUGAGAACAGUUUAUCUUGUCCUUGGGACACCAUGUGGCCUUAGUCACUGGACCAGGACUGAGCUCCCUGCCACAGAUUUGCAUCAGUAACAAGUUGGAAUUCUCUGGAUAUUUAGGAGAAAUCGGAGAGAAAGGGCCACUGGUUCCCUGUCACGUGGCAACAGCUAAUGCUGUGUUUCCUGGAGUUGGGCAAGGGCCACUGUGAUCCAACUCCAAUUCUUGUGGGGAGUGGGGCGUAAGAAGGCAGGGACUUGUAACCACGGCAUUCUGGGAGCUGUAAGGCAAGCUUGGCCUCUCAUGUUUGUUCUUUCCUCCCCCAGCUCUGCCAUCUCAGGACUCUGCCCUUCCCCAAGAGAGGAACCAGGAGGAGGACCAGUCAGCCCAUGACAUUCUAAAAGUCAUGUCCCUUGAGUCAGACUUCUUCAGGGAUGUGGCCAUAGUCUUCUCCCAAGAAGAAUGGGAACGACUGGCACCUGCUCAGAGGGAUUUGUACAGAGACGUGAUGUUGGAGACGUACAGCAACCUGGUCUCACUGGGUCUCGCUAUCUCCAAACCUGAUGUGAUCUCCUUCCUGGAGCAAGGCAAGGAGCCCUGGAUGGUGGAGAAAGCAGCAGCAGGAGGCCUGUGCCCAGAAUUGGACUCCAGGUAUGAUACUAAGGUAUCCUCUCCAAAGCAGCAUAUUUAUGAGGUACAGUCACCACAGUGGGAGAUAAUGGAAAGCCUUGCAAGUUAUGGUCUUGCGUGCUCAAGGUUCCAAGAUGAUUGGGAAUGCAGACAACAGGGAAGUUCAGAUGGACAUCUGAGCCCAGUGAUAGUCAAUGAUGAAGAAAUGUCUACUUUCAACCAACAAGCACCAUCAUUUCCUUUUUAUCAGAAAAUUCAUACUGGACAAAAGCCCUAUGGAUAUGAUGACUGUAGAAAAGAUUUCUGGCAGGAAGACUUCCUUAUUAAUCAUCAAGGAAUUCAUACUAAUGAGAAACCCUAUAAAUGUAAGGAAUGUGGCAAGGCCUUUAAAUAUGGCUCACGAUUAAUACAACAUGAGAAUAUUCACUCUGGCAAGAAACCCUAUGAAUGUAAUGAAUGUGGAAAGGCUUUCAAUUCUGGUUCAAAUUUUAUACAACAUCAGAGAGUUCAUACUGGUGAGAAACCUUAUGAAUGUAAGGAUUGUGCAAAGGCCUUCAGUCGAAGCUCACAGCUGAUUGAACAUCAACGAAUUCAUACUGGUGAGAAACCCUAUCAAUGUAAGGACUGUGGCAAGGCCUUCAAUAGGAUCUCACAUCUUAAAGUACAUUAUAGAAUCCAUACUGGUGAAAAACCCUAUGCAUGCAGGGAAUGUGGGAAGACCUUUAGUCAUCGGUCGCAGUUGAUUCAACAUCAGACUGUUCAUACAGGCAAGAAACUCUAUGAAUGUAAGGAAUGCGGGAAGGCCUUUAAUCAAGGCUCAACUCUUAUUCGUCAUCAGAGAAUCCACACUGGUGAGAAACCCUAUGAAUGCAAGGCAUGUGGGAAGGCCUUUAGGGUGAGCUCACAACUUAAGCAACAUCAGAGAAUUCACACUGGAGAGAAACCCUACCAAUGUAGGGUAUGCGGUAGGGCUUUCAAACGGGUCUCACAUCUCACGGUACAUUAUAGAAUUCAUACGGGUGAGAAGCCAUAUGAAUGUAAGAAAUGUGGGAAGGCCUUCAGUCAUUGCUCACAACUGAUACAACAUCAGGUAAUUCAUACUGAGGAAAAGCCCUGUGAAUAUAAGGAAUGUGGGAGGACUAUACACCAUGAUUCAGCGACGGCUCAACAUCAGAGAAUGCACAAUAGAGAAACACAAGUGAAUAUAAUAAAUGUAGAAAAGCCUUCCAUCAGCACUUACCCCUUACUAAUCAUCAGAGAAUUUAUGUUAGCAAGCAACCAUAUAAAUGGAAGCAGUGGGGAGAGCCCAUUAGCUUAGGCAUCACAGCUUAGCCCAUAUACUUUGGAGAAAGACUUGAAGAGUGUUAUAUGGAUGAGAAUGACUUCAUUCAAGCCAUCCUUUAUCCUGAAUCAUAAGAUUUGUAAUGAAGAACAAAUUUAUGGAUAUAAAUUGUUUACUCCGUGAUUAUCAAAAAAGCAAGGGAAGGUUGGAAAAAGUUUUGCCUCUAACACAUUCUGGAAUCACAUUUUCUUUCUUUUCUGUUUUUUUUUUUUUUUUCAAGAGAGCGAGUGGGAGAGGGGCAGAGGGAUUAAGAGAGAGAGAAUGAGAGAAUCUUAAGCAGGCUCCAUGUCCAAUGCAGAGCCUCUUGCGGGGCUUGAUCUCACAGCUGUGAGAUCACGACCUGGACUAAAAUCAAGAGUCAGACACUUAACUGACUGAGCCCCCGGGUACUCCCAGAACCACAUUUUCUAACCACACUGUAACAAAUUUAACAAUAGCCAAACUUUUUUUUUUUUUUUUAAACAUCAGCCAAAAGUUUUCAUUUGCUUGGAAAUCAAAAAGCAAAAAAAAAAAAAAAAAAAAAGCCAAAUUACUCUUGGGUUCCACUUCCUUUUUUUUUUAAGGUAGGUUCCACAUAGAAGGUGGGGCUCAAGCUCAUGACCCUGAGAUCGAGUCACAUGCUCUACUGACUGAGCCAGCCAGGUGUCCUGUUACUCUUGGGUUAAUAAGGAAAUAAUCAUGCAAAUGAUUAUGAAUGGUAAUGAAAAGAAUGACAAUUGAGAGAUUUAUAUUCUAGGGGUUGGAGGAUGUGGCUAAAGUUAGAAGAAUUUUUAUAGCCUUUAAAUGCAUGCAAAGUGUGAAAACCUGAACGAUUAUUCUCAAAUAUAUUAAACAUACUAUUUGAGAAGCCAGAAAAGAGAAUACCAAACACCCACGUGAAGAAAGAACAAAUUAAUAGAAAAAAAAUGAAAUUAGAAAGUGGUUAUCUUUAAGUAGUCUCAGUUUUAUUUCUUCCUGGCCCAGGAAUAAACUACACUUAGGAUAAUAUUUCUCAAUUCCCAUGUUUUAGAUUAUCUUUCAUAACUUCUGUCGAACAGAGGGGUCAGUUGCCUACAUAGUGGCCAUACCCAGUUCCCUUUCCUAUUGGCAGCAUCUGUGUCUUGGUCUUAGACUUUGAAGCUAACAGAUGCAAACUUUUCAGCCUCUUUUGCAGCUCAGGGUGGCUCUUGUUCCAGGGUAAGGCCAGUAUGUUCCAGGGGUCUGUAGAGGCUUCUGGGGAAGAUUUUCCUUACUCAGAAGAGACCGGAACAUUAGGAAGACUCCCUCUCUUUUCAUCUGCUUUUAAACAUUUUCCCAUGAGAACAUAAUGCCUGGAGCUGUUGUAGCCAUGUUGGAACCAAGAGGAGAGAACAGAGGAGCUCAGAGAAGCUGACCCAGAGUCCUGACGACACUGAACUAUCAGGCCAAUUCUGGAACGUCUCUGAACCCUUGUGUAAAAGAAACAACCAUUCACUGCUGAACUUACUUUUAGUUGGGUAUUUUGUAAACUUGCGGCCAAAAGCGUCCUAAAUUACAUAACUUCAAAUUUUAUUUUAUUAUGAUGGGUAAACGUGGCUGAAAGUACUUUUUUUGAAUUUGACAUUUCUCUUUGUGGCUAAUUCUGGGAUUGAUUUUUGUAUAUAUUCUGUAACGUUGCAAAAGAAUAUAUAUAUUCUACUUUUCUUAGGUACAAGAUUCUGUGUAAGCCAGUGGAUUAUAAUGAUAAAACUCCAUGUUCUUAUAUAAUUUGUAUACUGGAUCAGAAUUUUCUAAAAUUGAAAUUUUUAAACCAAGAUCUUGAAUUUCCAAAGAGUUUUACUUUUUAAUUUAUGUUGCUUGACCUAUAAAAACAUACAACUUAACCCCUAUUUAUGAAUCCUACCUUUUAUCAUUAUAUAAUAUCCUAACUCUGCCAAGUGUAGUGGUUGACAAACCAGAUCUGGCCCACUACCUGUUUUAUAAAUAAAGCUGUAUUGGAACACAGCCAUGCUCAUUUAUUUCCAUAUUGUCUACUGUUUUUACACUACGACAGCAGAACUGAGUGGUUGCAACACAGACUAUGACCACAAAGCCUAUAUUGACUGACCCUUUAGAAUAAAAGUUUGUCAACCCUGGCCUACUGUAAUCCUUUUAGCAUUUUAUUUCCAUACCAUGUAAUAUUACUAAUAGUAAUUUGUCUUUCUUUACCUGGUAUAUUUUCACCCAUCCCAUUAUUUUCAACCCCUGUCAUUUUAGUGAUUUCUUAUUUUAAAAAUUGCUGAUUUUUAAAAAUUGAAAAUAUGAGGGAACCUGGGUGGCUCAAUGGGUUAAGUGUCUGAUUCUUCAUUUUGGCUUAGGACAUGAUCUCACAGUUUGAGCCCUGCAUGGGGCUCUGUACUGGCAGCCUGAAGCCUGCUUGGGAUCCUCUCUCUCCCUCUCUGCCCCUCCCCCACUUGUGCUGUCUCUGUCUCUCUCAAAAUAAAUUAAAAACUUAAAAAAAGAAACUGAGUCUUUUUUCUGUAAAGAAAUUCGUGUUGGGUGUAAUUUCAACUUUAUUCCUUUCAUUUUAGUGUGUAUUCGAUUUAUUUUGGGCUUUCCUUUGCUCAUGUUGGCUGAUCAUUCCUUUUGCUAAAUUGGAACUUAACACUGUACUUAGGGUAGUGGUCUCCCCAUUCUUAAUUAUUAUUUGGGCAGAAUGAGAGCAGUAUUUUUUUAUUUUUUUUAAUGUUUACUUAUUUUUGAGAGAGACAGAGACAGAAUGCGAGUGGGUUAGGGGCAGAGAGAGAGGGAGACACAAAAGCAGAAGCAGGCUCCAGGCUCUGAGCGGUCAGCACAGAGCCCGACACAGAGCUCGACCCCAUGAACCAUGAGAUCAUGACCUGAGCCAAAGUCGGAAGCUCAGCCAACUGAGCCACCCUGUUUGGGUCCCAGGUGCCACAGAAUGAGAGCAGUGUUAACACUUUCUCACCCAUUGUUAAUUUUCUCUGCCACUUUCCUUCAAGAAGAGACCACUCUUGCUUUUUCUUUCCUGCAAGCCGAUUUCACAAUUCCUCCAUUUCACUAACCUAAUAACCUAAUCCAAAGCUUUUAGUUUGUCUCUUAUUUAUUUGAUGCUCAACGUUACUUACUGCCAGACCCACUCAUGAUAACCAUUUAAAUUUAAAGAUCCUCAGGGAGAGUAACAUUCAUUGCUGGCUGCUGUUUC